UCAUUUAAUGUGCGUAAAGCGGCUAUAGCUUCACAUAACUCAGGAUCACCAAACAGCAGAGAUGACUCGCAUCAACAGAGAGAGGUCGAAAGAAGUUUGUCUGAUGAGGGAAAAUGGAAAAUCCACUCGGGAGAUCCAGCAGCAUUUCGUCAGCCUGGAUAUCAACAUUUCCCUGAGCGCUCUGCGGAACCAUUUCAGGGAGAAACCAGCGCGCCGCACCGGGCCGCGCAAACUGCACCGUAAGAUCCUGGCGGCUAUUGAUGACCAAACAAACAACACGUUGAGUGCAAAGGAUCUGCAGCACCUCAUUAAAGCAGAUUUUGGAGUUCUCCUCGGCCUGAGCACUAUACGCUUGGCCCGCAGGAAGCUGGGCUGGAAAUAUGAGAAGAGGGGCUUCACCUCGAGGACAAGAGAUGAAAGCCAAGAAGAAAGACGAAUGCAAGAGCUUCAAAGGAGCGAAUGUGAGGAGAUGUUGCAGGAUGAGACAACAGAAGAUGAGGACCAAUCUGUUGUCAACAGUGCCAUAAAGCUAGAAGCAAACAAUAGAAGAAGGGGGUCAUCCAUGUUUUACAAGCGUAGACGACGUCAUGCAACACAGGCUUCCAUAGGGAUUGCAAUCCGUGCAAUGCAGAGGUCCUGCCCGUACCCCCCCGACAGCUCAGAGAUCUGUGAGCUGAAGAGACGUCUGAGUGGCACAGAGCAGCAGGUUGCAUUCCUGAUGUCUUCUCUGGAGGAGAUGAGCUCCUCGCUGGAGGCCCAGACACGGAAUCUUCAGGGGCUCCAGGAUCAGUGCAGGCUGAAACAAACCCCCCCAGCACCCCAGCAGCUGGACGCCAGUACCCUCACCAGGAGGAAGCUAUUCACGGUCAAAACAGAAGAAUCUCCACCUUUAGAGCCAGCGGCAUCCAAGCCUGCUGCCCCAGCUAGCUUCGUCGCUACUACAACAGUGCCAGCUCCCACGCUAGUUCCAGGUCCAACGCUAGUCCCAGUUUCCACACUAGUUCCAAUAUCCACACUAGUCCAAGGUCCCAAACCAGUCCGAGGUUCCUUGCCUGAUGUGAAAAUCAGAACCGUUUCUCAAGCACGCGAGGAGACACUAUACAGGAACUGUGUUGUGAAAGGGGAAGCUCGUCCUGAGGGGUAUGCUGCUCAGCUGUUCAUGGCUCUGACUCCAUUUGAGGCCUACAAGAGCUGGGCCAAAAAGACAAACUGGAGCGGGUCCAAAGGGAAGAUGGCCAUCCCUCACUCUGUGAAGCAGAAGCUCGAGUUCUAUGUGUACCAGAGGUUUCCAAUUCUGUCAGGGGAUCAGUGGCACAGGAUCAGGAACAAGAUCAACGAGAGACUGAGGAGCCCCCGAAAAGUUGACCCAGAGGCCAAACCUCUUGGUUUUGGUCAUUUCUAAAUUGCUUUUACGACCCCUUAAAGUGCUGUUACAUUUACAAGGCUGCCAUACAAGGUGCUCAUAUUGACCAAGCUUCCCACACUCACAUUCACAUAUUGGCCAACCUAUGUGGAACAAUCUGGGGUUAAAUACAACCACAUGUUAACUACAAGGGGGGGGGGGGUAGGUGUUUGAACCACACAUUUUCCGAUUGGAGGACGUUCAAGCCAAAUAAACCUCUGUAACUAAUGUUUGUACACUGUGUGUAAUAAAGUGUUGAAAAGG